UUUUAAUUAUCAGCAGAUUUUACAGCUAUUUAAAUCCAGGCUAAUUUUACAUACCUGCUAUGGUAUAUUGUCAUCUAUUGUGUUAAUACAAUUUUAUGAGACGAAUUGUUCAUCAUUUGAGCAAGAAAGUACCGCCAGUUCGUCCUAAAGGAGAUCCUGCAUCCCCAUUUCCUCUACCAGCAAAGGAGUUUGGUGAUUUAAGCUUACAAGUCGAGAAUCCUUUCUUGGGAGUUCCAAGUCCUGUUUCUCCUGCUGUAAGCCCGACACUCCGAAAAAGAGUAAUCACCCAUCCAAGCAGUCCAAGCAGAUUUUGCAUCCUUGAGAAAAUGUCUCCAAAAAAAGUUUGCAUCAUUGGAUCUGGCAACUGGGGUUCGUCAAUUGCAAAAAUUAUUGGUAAAAAUGUGGCAACCAACGAUGCAUUUCACGAUCGAGUGAACAUGUAUGUUUAUGAAGAAAUGAUUAACGGAAGAAAAUUAACCGAAAUCAUCAACCAAGAUCAUGAAAAUGUCAAAUAUCUUCCUGGACAUAAACUGCCAGAAAAUAUUGUAGCAGUCCCAGAUCUUAAAGAAGCUUCCAGAGAGGCCGACAUGUUUAUUUUUGUUGUUCCACAUCAAUUCAUUGGAGGUCUAUGCAAUGGAAUUAAGGAUUGUAUCAAACCUGACGCCAUUGGAAUAUCUUUAAUUAAGGGUGUUGAUCAUUCGGACAAAGGACUUCGUUUAAUCAGUACCAUAAUCCAGGAAAUCUUGUCAAUUGACGUCAGCGUUCUUAUGGGUGCCAACAUUGCUCAUGAAGUCGCGGACCAAAUGUUUUGCGAAACGACCAUUGGGUGUCGCUCUAUGCCAAAUGGACAAUUGUUCAAACAACUCUUACAGUCGCCAGAUUUUAGAAUCUGUGUUGUUGAUGACCUCGAGACUGUUGAAAUAUGUGGGGCACUUAAGAAUGUUGUCGCAUGUGGUGCUGGCUUCGUUGAUGGGCUUGGAUUCGGUGACAACACUAAAGCUGCUGUGAUUAGGCUUGGGCUUAUGGAAAUGAUGAAAUUCUCGAAGGUAUUUUUCGCUGAUUCAAAUCCACAGACAUCAACCUUCCUUGAAUCUUGUGGAAUCGCCGACCUUGUUACAACCUGCUAUGGUGGACGGAAUAGGAAAGUAUCAGAGGCAUUUGUGAAGACAGGAAAGAGUAUUGAGGAACUAGAGCAAGAAAUGUUGAACGGACAAAAGUUACAAGGCCCUCCCACUGCAGCCGAGAUUGUUGCUGUGCUGAAGUCUAUGAAUAUUGACUUGAACGAGUAUCCUCUAUUCACCGCUGUGCAACGAAUCUGCUACGAAGGCUUGCCACCCUCUGAAUUCAUCAGAUGUCUUCAGAACCAUCCAGAACAUAUGUAAUUUGUAGUCUGUUAUAUUUAUCUUGUGUGCUUUAUUUAUUUUUUUAUUUAGCCUUAAAUUUAUAGUGCCUUUAACUAGAGUUGCCAGAUUUUAAUACUCUUUGAGUCGAAGUAUUGCAAUCAACAGGGAAGCCCUUAUAAUAUCUA